CCGCCAUUUGCAGCGUCACAGCUGCAGUCGAUCCCAACUCCUCCCUCCUCUGAAGCUGCUCGGCCAUCAGGGCCUACCCAGCACACAACCGUCAACGUGGCUGCUGCAGUGGUUCAUCCGGCUUCGAUGCAUCCGGGGUCUGACCCAAUGGGUGCACCUCCCAGCUUUGCGGUUAGGAGGCCAAACGCAGCCAACCUGGGCAGUUUUGAGCUUCAACUUCCACCGCCGCCAAUGCACAAAUAUUCGUCCUUCAACACCGUCAACGCCUCACAGUCAUCACAAGCUCCGACAACCAUUGCUAGUGUUGGUAAUCUGCUGACCCCCCCAAACAACAUUCCAGGUGAUGUAAUAAGUCCUGCCUCGGGAGUGUCAACAAGCAGUGCAAACUCGUCUGCGAUGCCGCAAUACGCACCAAACGGGCAGUACAUUUACUCCCCAUCCACUCAGGGGUCCCACCAAUACGGCUACCCAUCUGGGCAGCAGCAACAACAGCAGAACCAAUAUAACCAAGCCAGAGGUAUGUUUGCUUCACCGCAUCAUGACCGUCAGCUCGGGAUCCAAGGCUCACUUUCUCGGCGUGAAGGGCUAAACCCGCCACCGUACGAGAUCAACCAACAACAGUUGCCACCAUUUCCGCCAUCUUCGACACCGCUCGGAGCCUCGUCACAUCAUCCAACAAUGUCUGCACAACAGCAACCUCAUCAUAUGAUGAGCGCACAAACGCCUGUAUCGAGUUCAGCACCUCAGCAGUCACCAAUCCACGCUCAGGAGCCUUUCCAUCACCGACCUCCCCCAACUCCGACCUACUACAGCUCACAGCCUUCUUCUGCACCUCAGCAGUCACCAUUCCAGUAUUCGACAGGACCGUCGCCAACUCAGCAGAGUCCAAUAAGCGCAGGAGGCUCCGUAUCCAGGAUGUCUCCAGCCGUGACGCAAGGCCAGGUCCCAUCAAUACCAUCUGCACCAUCUCAGUCGCCACAUCCCUACCAGCGUCCCUACGGACAUGGAAACUUCCCUCUUCCUCAAGCGCCGGUGUUUUCGAACGUCAACAAUCCGAACGGGCCUAUCGCUCUCGUUGGCGGCAUGCAUCCGGGGAUGAUGCCAGGGUUUAACAGCGGACAUGCCGCAAGCAUGCCUCACUUUUUGGGACACCCGCCUCACCAGCAACAGCCGACAAAUGACAGGCCGUUCAAGUGUGACCAAUGCCCGCAGAGCUUCAACCGGAACCAUGACCUGAAGCGGCAUAAGAGAAUUCAUUUGGCUGUUAAGCCCUUCCCCUGUACCCACUGUGAUAAGAGCUUCUCCCGAAAGGACGCUCUCAAGCGACAUAUACUGGUCAAAGGCUGUGGGAAGGUCGCAAGCUCUGGCGAAGACGUGAAACGCGAGAGCCAUUCGCCCGACCAAAAGGGCGCAUCUGAUUCCGUCGACAGCAAGCCUGCAAUAUCGAGCCACGCCUAAUACGACAAUGUGUUUUCCUUAAAUA